UGAUCCAGGACUGAAGUGUUCCCCCCACGGUGGCAUUACAAUGAAUAGGAAUAGAUGUCCCUUUGGUCAACGGGACAGUCAAAGGACACCGCCCUGUAUAAUAAUGGGGACGUCAUCCUAACAAGACCAUUAUGAAAUGAAUAGGAGGGCUCCUUUUGUUUCCCUUCGCUCAAGCAGCACUAUAAAUACUCCGAGCGCUCUUUUACCUCACCACAGAGCAAGAGGUGCACCCGCGAGAUAAGAUUACUCGCAGCUAUCCGGCCAACAAGCCCACUGUGUCGACUCCUUCGUUGUUACCUACACCUCCUUCCCAAAAAGAGGACGGAUCUCAAACGACAGAAUCAGGUGAUCGAGUGUGACUUAAAAACAGGGCAGAGAUAGAGAGGGAAGCAGCGACCUCCUACCCAAACCGAGCUAAUAAAAUGCAUUCUGACUCCAGCUCGAGCAGAUCUUCCUCACCAGACAUGGAUGGGAUGUAUCUCAGAGACCACCUCAAUUCAGUGUCCUCGACGCAGAACGAACUCCUCCAGAAGAUGACGAGCGAGCACCUUUCCAGGCACGGGGAAAAGUCACCUGGCGGGAGCAAGUACAAACUCAAGAAGCAAGUGACCGAGCAAGAGAUUCAGCAUCUGAGGCUGAAAAUCAACGGACGGGAGCGCAAGAGGAUGCAUGACUUGAACCUGGCGAUGGACGGACUCCGGGAAGUCAUGCCUUAUGCACACGGUCCGUCCGUGAGAAAGCUGUCGAAAAUUGCCACUCUCCUGCUCGCCAGAAACUACAUCCUGAUGCUCAACAGCUCACUUGACGAGAUGAAAAGGCUGGUUGGAGAAAUCUACGGUGGACAUCAUUCUACGUUCCACUGCGGGACAGUGAGCGGGCACUCUGGCAACCCAGCGCAUCAGGUGCAUCCGUUGCUCGGGAGCGCGCUGUCCUCGUCCACAUCCUCCACCCUCACCACCACUUUACCGGGACUAACCUCCAUCCGAGCACCUCAUUCCCUAAUGAAGAGUGCCCCUGCACCCCCGCUUCAACUCGGCAGCGGUUUCCAGCACUGGUCAGGUUUACCUUGCCCGUGCCCCAUAUGCCAAGUACCUCCACCCCCUCAUAUUCCUAUCAGUUCAGCGGGACUGACGAGACUUACAAGUGAAAACAAGGACGUGAUGAAGUAAUGUGGGACAUCCGAUACAGAAUGGUGUCAACGUGUACAGUAAAUUGUGAAUUGGACAUGAAGAAUUGACCUCAAUGCAUGCAUUGUUUGUCUGUUUAUUUGUUUUUGCGUAUGAGAUCCCCUAAAUAUUCUCCUUGUAACAAAGACCCUGUGAAAAUACUUUUUUCAUGGUAAAACUUUUGCCGGUUAUUUGGUGUCACCAGAGAUGCAUUCACACAGUGUACAUAUGUUUCUUUAUAAAAAACAGCAACUUCUAAAACAUUAAGCCGGAGAUGUCUGAAUGUAACCUUACGUUUCUAAAACAUUAAGCCGGAGAUGUCUGAAUGUAACCUUACGUUUCUAAAACAUUAAGCCGGAGAUGUCUGAAUGUAACCUUACGUUUCUAAAACAUUAAGCCGGAGAUGUCUGAAUGUAACCUUACGUUUCUAAAACAUUAAGCCGGAGAUGUCUGAAUGUAACCUUACGUUUCGAGCACUGAAGGUGGUCCUAGGACAACAUACCUGCUGAUCUGAAAGGGCGAAGAAAGUUGCAUGCAGAUUUAAUAUUUUGGUUUUUUACAUCAUUUGUGAAAGUGAAGAAUGUCCUUUCCUUGUAACAAGGAUGGUGAAAUCGCAUUCUACAGUGUAUGAACAUUGUAUUAUUAUAUAUUUAGUUCGAAAAAGGUUGACAUUAUAUGGAUCUUGAUUACUCCAUAGAAUUCUGAAAAUGCUUUUAGCUUUGUGGCGUUAUUCUGUGUCCAUUUGUAUGUAGAACUUCUUUAGCAUGGCGACAGAACAACUAAAGCAUGAUUGUUUUGCUGGAAAUAAUUUGUUAUGCCCAGAGACCUUGCGUCUUUAUUUUUGUACAUUCUUGAUGAUUGAUGAAAUAUUUAUUAUUGCCCAGUGUUCCUGGAUGAAAUUUCAAUAAAACUGAUAUAAUGAACCAUA